AGGGACGGCAAGCAAGCGCGCUUCCGUUUUCAUUUCCGCUCCCAUCUAUAGCGUGUCUGCGUCACACCGGAGACGGUUUGCGAUCACAAAACGCAUGAUCAGACAGAAAAUAUUCAUGUUGCCAUUAUGGGUUGUGGCGCCUCAGUAGCCACCGAGAACCAAGGAAGGCCGUCAGAAAUUGAUUUGAUGGUCAAGCCGCCCAGCCCAAUACUGACAAUGAAAGCUGCUAUACUGAUCCAGCGCUGGUACCGGCAUCACAUUGCCCGACUCGAGAUCAGGAGACGAUAUACUUGGAACAUUUUCCAGUCUAUAGAGUAUGCAGGAGAACAGGACCAGUUGCAGCUUUCCAGUUUCUUCAGCUUCAUGUUAGAUAACUUCACACAGCUCAACGGGAAUGGACCAGAUCUGAUCUCUCACCUGCUAGACCCAGCGGUAGACCCUGUAACAGAGGAACUUGGACAUUAUAAGUACGAGCAGAUCACGGUUCCUGAGUCCUACAGUGGCCCUCGCCUCUCCUUCCCUCUGAGUAUCACUGAUACCAACACUCUGCUUAGCGCAUUUAAGGAACAACAGCUUCUCCAUGCCAAAUACGUGCUGCAGUUACUUCAUGAGACACAGAAGUUUCUACAACAGAUGCCAAACGUCAUUUACUUGUCGUCAUCAUAUGCCAAGGAAAUCACAAUCUGUGGUGACCUCCAUGGAAGACUAGAUGAUUUGCUCCUUAUAUUCUACAAGAAUGGUCUGCCAUCUUCUGAGAACCCCUACAUAUUCAACGGGGACUUUGUGGACCGUGGAAAGAAGUCCAUGGAAAUUAUCAUCAUCCUAUUUGCCUUUCUGCUCCUCUACCCAGAUCACAUGCACCUCAACCGAGGCAACCAUGAGGAUCACAUCAUGAACCUGAGAUAUGGCUUUACAAAAGAAGUGAUGCAGAAGUACAAGACUCACGGGAGAGAAAUCCUCCAACUCCUUCAGGAUGUCUUCAGCCUGCUCCCGAUUGCUACCAUUAUCGAUAACAAAGUUCUCGUUGUUCAUGGUGGCAUCUCAGACGAAACCGACUUGGACUUUCUAAGCUCUGUCCAAAGACACAAAGUCAAAUCAGCUUUGCGGCUACCCAAGUGCAGUUUGGAUCACAUUCGUGUCUGCAAUGCCAGCAAUGAGAAGGGGAAGCAUAAGAGUAAGAGUUGCCUCAGCUGGCAGAGCAGCAGCUCCUCCUCCUCCUCAUCUUCAUCCUCCUCGUCCUCAUUGUGCUCGCCCCGGGGAUCACGGCGUGCUCCUCCAACCCCCAAUCUCCCUAGCCCUGCUGACGUACUGCAAGUUCCCUUCCUCGACUCCAUAGUGUCCCUUGCUCUGCCUGAGGCACCCAGAGAAGAGAUGGAGUGGAAGCAGAUCGUAGACGUGUUGUGGAGCGACCCAAAGAGCCAGAACGGAUGCAGUCUGAACACAUUCCGUGGCGGAGGAUGCUACUUCGGGCCUGAUGUUACACGGCGGCUCCUAGAAAAGCACGGCAUGCGCCUACUUAUCCGAUCACAUGAGUGCAAGCAGGAGGGCUAUGAGCUCUGCCAUGAUGGACAGGUAAUCACUAUUUUCUCAGCAUCUAACUACUACGAGGAGGGCAGUAAUCGUGGUGCAUACAUUAAGCUGGGUCCAGAUCUGAUCCCACGUUUCUUCCAGUACCAAGUGAGCCGCAGCACUAGGAAGCUUACUCUGCAACAGAGAGUCAGUGUGGCUGAAAGCUCAGCGAUAAAAGCCCUACAGGAAAAGCUAUUUGCCCAUCGCUCUGAACUCAUGUCUGCAUUUCAGCAAUAUGACAUCUACAACACAGGCAGGAUCUCCACCAAUGAAUGGGCUGAAGUAGUGGAAUCGGUGCUUAGGUUGGAUCUUCCAUGGCGUACUUUGAGACCACGUCUUGUGCGCCUGGCUUCUGAUGGAAACGUAGAAUAUGAGUCAUGCUUUGAAAACAUUGGUCCAGGGCAACCUAUGCCACAGGUGGCACCAAACUUGGCAGAAACACUGUACCGGUACCGAACUGACCUUGAGAUCAUCUUCAACAUCAUCGAUAAGGACCAUUCAGGUCAGAUUUCCAUCGAGGAAUUCCGCCAAACAUGGAAUCUGUUCAGCUCUCACUUGGGUGUGGAUGUGGAUGACCGAGCCAUUGACGACAUGGCACGCAGCAUCGAUUUCAACAAGGAUGGCAGCAUCGACUUCAACGAGUUCCUCGAGGCCUUCCGGGUUGUACAUAAGCUGGAUGUAAAGGAGCAACAGCAAGGCUGACGCACAUAUUCACAUAAGACAAGGACAUAACACACUGUUAAUCACUAGCGUAGAUAUUGAUUAAUAUAAAACAAAUGUGUCUGCACAUCUGCAUUCCCACACAUUUGAAUGGAAUGGCGGUGGAUCCUAAUUGCACUUCAUUUAAAAUUCAAAACGAGGGAAAACAUAGUCUUAUGUAUGCAUAGUUGGUAAGCAUUAAUAUGUUCAUUAGGUUUAAGUCUGAGUUUAUUCUCUUUAUAUUUACAGUAUAAUUUAGUUAAGAAUGCAGAUGUGAAGCAAGUCCAUAGAACAGCACUCUGCUGCUACUGCAUUUUAUACACAGAUGAAAUUGUGGAUGUUGAUGGAACAGUUAUACUUGUGUAAUAUGUUGUACUAAGAGGAAAAACAGAUAAACAAUUACAUAUUAAGGUCAUUGUGUCUGAUGUAAACUGUUCAUUGCAUUCAA